CAUGCCGUGUUCCAGUUUGUGAUGACCGAAGCUAACAGCAGAAUGUUUCUGUCUUGGGCUUGGUUCUUGACGUUAUUAUUAAGUUUUGUGGGACAACAUGUCACGUUUGCAUUGCAAGACGUUACUGGUGAUUUAUUUGGCUCGGAAAAUUAUGGUACAGUAGCGGCUUUCGGUGACUUUAACUCUGAUAAACAGACUGAUAUUUUCAUCAUCAGGAAGCAUUCUGAGUUGUCGAUUUUCCUGGCUGAUCUCAAAGCUCCUUAUUUCAAACCUAAAGUCCAUCUGACUAAAGAUGCUUUCCCUAGUGACUUCCGCAUAACUAGUGUGGUCCCGGGUGAUUAUGAUGGAGACUCUCAGAUGGAUGUGCUUGUUACUGGCUACGUAAAGGACAUCAUACAGACACGUGUCUUUGUCUUCUGGGGACAUAACCAAACUUUGGACCAGAGUGAAAAGGUAGGGCUGAACAGCACCUUUAGUGAUCAGCCCCUUGUCAUGGACUUUAAUGGGGACAUGGUUCCAGACAUUUUUGGAUCUGUGGGUAGUUCACCAGAGGUUUGCUAUCUCAAGAGUAGGCAGCAGAAAUGUGAGAAGGCUCUCAACUUGGAUGUCAAAAUGCGUGCCCCUCAUUCCAAUGCUUUCAUUGACCUUAACAAGGACUUCACUGCCGAUUUGUUCCUCACCACCGCAGACGGAUUUGAGACCUGGAUCAAUAAGGAUGGGAACUUCAGCCAAAACGUGUCUGGAAAGGCACCAGUGAAUGUGCAGGAAGUGGGUCAAUCUGCAUUCGUAGACUUCGACGGAGACGGCUCCCAGGAUCACCUGUUGCCAGUCUGCAUGGAUAAAUCGUGUGAUAGAAGUGCAAUUUACCUGGCCAAGUCUGGAGGGACAGAGUGGGUGCCGGUGCUGACGGACUUCAGGAGAAAGGACUCUGUGUGGGGAUUUGUGCCCUUUGUAGACAGUCACCCCAUCACCCUGCAUUUAGGAGACUACAACCUGGAUGGUUUUCCCGAUGCCCUCGUCAUCCUCCAUAACACAAGUGCUAGCAACACACAGCAGCAGGCGUUCCUGUUGGAGAAUGUGCCGUGUAAUAACGCGAGCUGUCGGGAAGUGGGCCGCAUGUUCCGUGUGCACUGGGAGCAGUCAGACCUCAGCGCCAUCCCCAUGGCUGUUGUGGCCACUUUUUUUGACAUUUAUGAGGACGGUAUAUUAGAUAUGAUCGUGCUCAGCAAGGUGGAAGGAAAGGAAGAGUUCGUCAUCCACGCUUUGAAGAACAACUUUGAGGCCGACGCCUAUUUCGUAAAAGUGAUCGUGCUCAGUGGCCUGUGCUCCAAUGACUGUCCAGAAAAAGUCAAGCCCUUUGGUGUGAACCAGCCUGGCCCGUAUGUCAUGUACACAUCAGUGGACUCGAACGGUUAUCUGAAGAACGCGUCUGCGGGGCAGCUCAGCCAGUCGGCUCAUCUCGCGCUCCAGCUGCCCUACACCGUGCUUGGUCUGGGGCGCAGCGCCAACUUCCUGGAUCACCUGUUUGUGGGCAUCCCCCGGCCCCCUGGAGGGAAGGAUGUGAGGAAACAGGAGUGGACCGCUAUCAUUCCUAACUCCCAGCUCAUCGUUAUACCAUACCCACAGAAUGACCCUCGCAGCUGGAGUGCAAAGCUCUACUUAACCCCCAGUAAUAUAGUCUUAUUGACAGCGAUCGCACUGAUUGGCGUGUGCGUCUUUAUUCUCGUUAUCAUCGGGAUACUGCACUGGCAGGAGAAGAAAGCAGAUGACCGGGAGAAGAGACAGGAGGCCCAUCGCUUCCAUUUUGAUGCCAUGUGAGAUGUUGUGGGUAAACACUGAGAAGAAUGGAGUCUUCUUUCAUUUCAGUGAUUUAUUUAUUUUCACUUGCUUGUUUCCACACUGGAGCAUUUUUAUGCAUUUAAUAAGGUCUGAAAUCAGAGGAAUCCAUUUAAUAUGAAUAGCUUGAACAGUGAUGUGUCUCUGUUGACUUCUGAAGAGAAGAGGUACAGUUGAAGUCAAAAGUUUACAUACACCUUGCAGAAUGUGCAAAAUGUUAAUUAUUUUACCAAAAUAACAGGGAUCAUACAGAAUCCAUGUUAUUUUUUAUUCAGUACUGA